AUGGAGGAUACUUUGAGUGAUACUGAUCGGAGACGACUGGUGGCGGCGGCGUUCGGUGCUCGAGAGAAUGCUUACAGCUCGCCUGGGCAUCCACCUUUCCGCGUCGGCGCUGCCCUACUGACUGUCGAUCUGGAAAUCGUCUCUGGGGCGAGCGUUGACUGCGUCUCCUCAGGCUGCGUGUGCGCGGAGAGGACAGCGAUCGUGAAGGCAGUCAGCGAAGGCAUUCGUACCUUCCGUGCGAUUGCGAUAGUCAGUGACGUCGCAGUGCCGAUCUCUCCCUGUGGGCUCUGCCGUCAAGUCCUUUACGAGUUCUGCCCAUCACAUAUGCCGUGCCUGCUUGUCCCAGGUGAUUACGAUACGCGGCGUGAUCAGGGAGACGCGAGUGGAGGGGUGGAGGUGCGGUCGCUCAGCGACUUGAUUCCGUAUCCUUUCGACCACUAG